GCUCCUCCUCCAGUGAAGCUCCUCCCACUGCAGUUCAGCAAUAAAUGCUGAAAUAUUCCCAUCAGUCUACAAGUGAAGACGAGCAUCAGAGCAUCAGGAAGAAGUGAAAUCUGCAGAGACAGAGUUUAUUGAAGGACAGAGAGAACAUGAGAGAUCCAGAACCCUGCAGAAUGAAACACACUGAAGAACAAACAGAUCUAAUGGAGAAACCACAUGUCAAAACUGGAGAAAAAACUCACUCACAGACUGAAAGAGUUUCUUUACGUCAAGAAAAGGUUCACCUGCACUCAGUGUGGAAAGAGUUUCACAAACAAACAGAAUCUCAAGAGACACAUGAGGAUCCACACUGGAGAGAAACCGUUCACAUGUGAUCAGUGCGGGAAGAAUUUCACACAAUCAUCAACCUUUAAGGAGCACAUGAACAUCCACACUGGAGAGAAACUGCAUGAAUGUGAUCAAUGUGGAAAAACUUUUUCAUGGGCUUCAAACCUGAAGGAGCACCUGAGAGUUCAUUCGAAGGAGAAACCACAUUCAUGUUCUUUCUGUGGAAAGAGUUUUUCACAUCUGCAGAGUUUAAAACUACAUCAGAAGAUACACACUGGUGUGAGAGAUCAUAUGUGCUUUGAGUGUGAGAAGACUUUUAUUACAGCUUCACAUUUGAUACGGCACCAGAGGAUCCACACUGGAGAGAAACCUUACAAGUGUUCACACUGCGACAAGAGAUUCAGUCGGUCAGGAGACCUGAAAGCACAUGAGAGGAUCCACACUGGAGAGAAACCGUAUCACUGCACUGCAUGCGGGAAGAGUUUCGCUCAUUCUUCUUCUCUACGCAUGCAUAAAAUAAACAAUCACAAUAAGUAGUUUAUCUUCAGGUCCACUGCUUUCAAUGCUACACCGCAUCUCUUCCAUAUUAAUCUGUCAUAAGAUCAUCAUCUAAAUUAGUCACAGUGAAUAAAGUUCAUCUUCAAGACCAGCAGAUAUCUGUGAGAUUCAGAUCAGUUCAAAGAUGGAGUUCCUCCCCUAAGAACAAUAUCUAAAAUUGUAUUAUUGUGUACAAUUUUUCUUUAUUAUUCUUUAUUUCUAAAUUAUAUUGUUAUGCUUCAUUACAAGUUUUGUUUUAUGUUCAAAAUGUUCUUAAAUUCAUAUCUGUAGAAGAUUUUUACAGGUUCAAAAUGUUCUUCUUCACUAAGCAUUCGUGUGUAUGAUUGUUUCAAUGUUUGGAGCCAAAAACUAAAGGAUGAAUCUGUGAGGGAAAUUAAUUAGACAUGCUGAUGCAAUUUUAAUGUUAUUUAUCAUUCUUUCUUUUUUGACAUUUAUGUUUGUCAAAUAAAAAAUAGUUUUAGUUACUUUACGUUUUUAAAUAGCCUAUAAUUGAAAAGGAUUGCUAACAAACUGUAAAGAUAAGUGUGUCAGUCAUGUCAGUGUGAGAAGUGUGUGUUUUCUUCAAUAGAGCUCUGUAUUGCUAAUGGAAAGCACUCAGACUCAGAAUAAAGUGAGAUGAUCUGCUGCUGAUCCUGAAUGACUUGUUUAAUGAGUGUUAACAGUCUGAGGCUCAUCAAUAAUAAUAGAGCUGCUGAAAAUCCUCUAGGCUAUAUUUGUUAAUAGCUCCUGUUUUCACCUCAUAUUAUGCAGAUCUCCUGUAAACUGUCAGUUAAAGUUAAUUUCAUUC